GAACUCCUCCUCGGCGGGCGUCUCCGCCAUGGACGCCACCGUGGGCGUCCGCGCCGUGUCGUGGAACCCCAACGAGCGGGUCGCGUUCCGGUACGGCGGCGGCGAGGGCCGCGUCGCGCUGGCCGACGCCGACGGGGACGUCGCGCUGGGCUGGGCGCCCCUCGCCGGGUUCGAGCACGCGCCGCGGACCGUCGCCGCCGUGGCGUUCGUGGCGACCGCGAAGGGCGUGGUCGUCGACGAGGCCGUGGCGGCGCGCGUGCGCGACCGGUACAGGAGGCGGCAGCAGGGGUUCAAGGUGGUGGUGGACACACACGUCGGCGUCCGCGUCGGGGCGCUGCGCACCGGCAUGGUGCCGGUCAGGCUGCUCUGCGACGGCGGCGCGAUGGCGCCGCGAGGCGGGUCCGACGGGGACGUGGUGGGGCCCAUGAGCAAGUGCCAGGUGUAUCUGUUCAGAGUAAGAUGGUUUAGCUUGAACUGAAGGCGCAUCCGGGGCACAAGGGCUGCUAGCUGCUUAGAGGCCAUCGAGCUUAUACCAUAGGCGCAUAAGCUGCGGAUGCCGUAAAUUAUCCGCAUGUUUCGCCGACAAGAUGGCAGUAAUUGGUUUGCACCGAACUUUUAUUGGUUCUGAAUAUGAAAUGGAUGGCCUGAAGACUCUGAACUUUCUAAAAACAUGUAGUGAUGAGAGUUAAAGAAACCAAGUUUGUAACUGUAUAUUACACUCCCCAGCUCCCAAUUCUUUUGAUUGUGUGGUGUAUACAUAGCAGGAAUGAAAUGAACGAUGGGUGUGUGUGUUUCUUGUCA